UUGAAAACAAACACUUUGGGUUAAACAAUGAAUUUGUUGAAAACUCACUGAUAAAACAAAUCAGAAAAGUUGAAAGACGACACGAGCAUAUGCAACACGAUACUUUACCAUAUUCAAGGCAGAGCAGAUCGUGCAGAUCGGGCGCAAGGCUGCUCACAAACUAAACAACCCGCCAACUCGACAACAAGCUCAAAAAACAAGCGUCUAUAUAGUAUAGUACACAUAUAUGUAGGCAUCUCCACGGCGACGACUCGUAAAUAGAGCAACAGAGUCCGAGUCAGCGACGCGUGUAAAGAGACGGCAAAGCGUUCGCGGAAGCGGUAUAGCAGCGGCAGCGGCAGCGGUGGAAGCGUUGAAAGCGUUGAAAGAUGCGACAGUGGCUAUUUACGGGCUUCAAUGCUUUCGGACAGCAUGCUUACAAAUGUGCGGACAGCGAGGAGAGGCACCCGCUCGGCUUUCGGGAAAUAACACCACCACCAACAGCAUUGAGCGGGAAUUUUUUAAUUGCGCUCAGCUGGAGGUAUACGGCCUACGCUUUGGGAAGUACAAUUUGGUUGCAGGGCCUGUUGGAGGAGAAGGUGGGAGAAUGUCUGCAGGUGCAGGCGCCCGCAUCUAUUAAAGCGCUAGCAGCUGGCGAAACAUUUUGUUUAGUGCUGCUGGACGAUGGCAGUCUUCACAAGCUGCCCGCAAAAUUGCAGGCAACGUUGCAGGAGCUGAGAUUGGAGGCAGUGCCUGCGACGCGCCCACAGAAGCGAAAUAUAUUUGGGCAAGUCAAAACCGAAGCUUCCGGCGAUGCACCCAUCAUUAGCCACAUAGCCUGCGGCACACACAUCAAUGUGGCCAUCAGCGAGCGCAAUGGCGUGUGGAGCAUACCCAGCUAUCUGCAUCAGUUCCCCGAACCUCGUGCGUGGCGUGUGCAACAGUUGGUCUGCGGCCAUGAGCAUGCGCUCCUCCUCAAUGCCAAUGGCGAUGUCUACGGCUGGGGAAAUGGGCUACGAGGCCAAUUGGGACAGGCAACGUUGCGGGUGGAGGAGACGCCCCAGUUGCUCGAAUCGUUGGCAGGCGUUAAGAUAACACACAUCGCAGCCGGUGGUUGGCAUAGUGCGGCCAUAUCGGCUUUUGGUGACCUCUACACGUGGGGCUUCAACUGCAAUGGCCAGCUGGGUCUGCGAGUCUUGAAGCGCGAUUCAGUGCUAAAGGAGCCCACUGUCUACCCACUGCCCCAGUUGCAUGAUUUGCCCCUCUGCUGCUCCUCUGGCGAUAAAAGCAGUGACCAGGAUUCUGUCGACGAUAACUGCCCACCCGUUCGGGUCUUUGCCGGCUCGCGUCACACGUGGCUGCUGCGGCGUUGUGGUCGUCUGUGGGCCAGCGGCUGGUGCGCCUACGGACAGUUGAGUCUAGAUUGCAAGCAGUCCUAUUUGGACAGCUUCCACAAUUUGUAUUCCGUUCUGGGGCUAGAAGGCGAUGAUGUCGACAUCUUAUGUGGGCCCUGGUCAACCCUGCUUAUCUGUUCAAAAUAAAUAUUGUGAUAGAUUUUCAACUGAAGACUA